GUCCGUGUAGAGGCCACCUCUCUACAAAAGGGGGGUAUUUUAGUUGAAUCGCGGAAGAGUCCAAAAAUAGUCGUCGGCACGUGAAAAGUCAUCUUUGGGACCUAUCCCAGGGACAUAUUUGUGAAAAAUCCACACCAUUUUCCUUCUUUUUUUUUGAGAGAGACUUUUGGUGUUUUCUCGUGAGCUAAAAGUGCUCCAAAGUGGCUGCGGUGAAGUAUUGUGCGGAUGAAAAGUGUCGCAGAGAGUACAUUUGAGAUGAAAAUUUCUCCAUUUGGGGUGAAAAUCCGCCGUAAGAUGUGAAAGGGAGGAUUUCGUCCUGACAAUUGCGACUAAUUUUCAAACUCUCAUCCACACCCCCGUGCAUCCCCGUCGCACUCCGGUGCUCUUGUGAGAAAUAAAAGGAAAUUGCGGGAUACGAAGAACGAAGCUUUGAGGGUACAAAAAAAAUCUCAAAUGGUGGAAGAUGGUGGUUUUACUGCGGGGAUACAUGUAGUGUGAUUCGUGUAUGGGAGAUUGCAUCCCAUUUAUUGAUUUUCUUCCUGGUGGUACGAGAGUUAUGUGAGCUUUCUGAAGCACCUUCAGAGGGCAUACACGUUCAGUUCCUCGCAACGAAAACUCCGUUUUUUCAUCCAUCCCCCACGUCCUCCCUAAAAUCUUCAUUUCUUUCACUCUCUCUGUGUGGCGUGUAAUGUAAUUGGUCACCCAGAAAAAAAUCCCAUUUAAACCCUAAUGAAGCCCCACGGGGGGUCCUUGGAGGAAUUUCCGUAAUCCAAGUGUGGUGCGAAAAAAUCCACCCCUCAGUGUUUACCCACAGAGAUGCUAUAGGAAAGCACCCCUCCCGAAAAUCCACCCAAAGUUAAUGUAUGGAGGGGUGAUGAGAUGUGAGCAGGUUCAAAAAUGUGAUAUUAAGUAUUCAAUUGGUGAACGAAAAAAAAGUGCGGUGAUUGUCUGCAGAGGGACACGAUGAAAAGGUGAAAGGGCACAGCGAAAGCUCGCCGAGGGAAUCAAAAGUUUUUUUUGUCCUAUCCCAAAGCUAAGGAAGUGUACGUACCAAAGAGGACACCAAGAUGGUUUCAAGUAUGAACAGCUAAACCUCUUUCCAGCCAUAUCGGAAUUGUCUAGGAAUUUGUCGUGGCGUGAGAGAUAGAAGGAAAAAGUGGGAGAAGAUGGAGGAUGAGAAUCACGGGCGAGGCGCCACGGAAUUUCUAACGACGCCAGUCAGCAGACGUGGAAGGUUGCCAGAAAGCUUCUACUCCAGCAUCCACAAAAAGCCGCAUACGAGUAAAGUGAAGAAGAGAAAGAGUAGUGCAGGCCUGGGGGAGACCACCCACUCCCGGUCACAUCGUAGCCAGGAGGAUUUUUCGGUAGAAUACCACCACAACACCUUCCCCAGGCGGAAGAGUGUUGAGUGCACGAAUGAUGGGGGUAGCUCAAUGAGGAAUGGUGAGGGUGAGGUGCGAAUUGGGCAGCAAUACUGGAAGGGUGAGAUUGGGAUUAAGAGUUUCAACUACUACCUCCUCAAGGAGGGUCUCAAGACCACGCGCAAUGGCACGAAGAAGGCACCGCCUGACAGUGAGGUAGCCAGUAGUGGGGUGAAUUCCGAUGGGGCACUCGAACGGAUGCCAAGCUUCCGGCAUGGCGAUGAAAAUGUCUACGAAGAGAUUUACUUGAUGGCCAAGAAUGAGGCAAGAAAGGCUGCACUUGAGUAUCCAGACUGUGAGAUUUGUGCAUCGCAGUGGGAGAGUGAGAAUAAGGAGAAUGAUACGACAAAUGAAUCCCAGGACCAGCAUGUCCUCAAAUUCCAAUCAUACAAUCCCAAUAAUCCCGGCAUUUACAAGACAGAGACCACCCCGGUGGCCUUUCCGUGUGACUACAAUCCCCUAAAGACCAUCAUAGCUCCCUGUGAUGGUCGUGAGUACUCCUCGUGUGAAUCCUUGUUGCGCGAAGAUUCAUCCUUUGGGCGCAGAUCAGCACGCUUCUCCGAUCAAGAGCAUCCACAGAAGAGGCAACAGCGUGGCAGCAUGAAGAGCGUCGAAUCCCUAACAUCAUCCCAACCAUCGUGCCACUGCGGCAGCUCAGACAGUGAUUGCAUGUUCUUCGACUGCCAACCAUGCCCAUACGAUUUGGAGAAGUGCAGCUUCAGCGACAACACUCACUGUCAGGAUUGCGAUGACUACGUGAGGCGUCGCAUGCGCCGCAACAAUACCCAAGAGAUCCACUACCUGCCCAUCAAUCAGAGGCAUGUGAAGAAAAGCGAAUACUGGAGCGGAAGUUUGCCCCAUCUCAAGAGGGAUUCCCUCAAAAAGUCUUCCCAAGUUGGUGUUGAUUGUGGCAGGAAUGAUUGUCGCAUUAGAACGCUGGAUCGAAGGACAACUCGUUCAUCUGAUCAAUUUAAUUUUCUCUCAGCAUACAACUACGGCUAUGGCAUGAUUGAAAAAAAUGCCGCCGAUCGUGGAGCUUUCGUGCCAAAUCAUGCGGCAAAAGUUGCUGCAAAUGCGGACUUUCUUGCAAGGAGUAAAAUGGAAAUUCGAGAAAAGAUCAAUUCAAAGCGGCAUUCACUGAUUGAUGAUCCGGGUGUUAUAAAAAGUGACAUAGAUGGUGGCACGAAGAAGCCAACAACGAUGCGACGAAGGAAGAAAUCAGCAGGUGCCAUACCAAAAAUUGUCCAAGAUGGCUCAAGUUGCCCCGAAGGCGGAAGUAGGAGUGGAAGUCGACGCCCUUCGCAGGAGAAUGUGCAGAAAAUCUCCACGUACGGCUCCCACAGUGACGAUCAAAUUUUCUACAGUGUUAGGGACAGCCAUCAGAAGCGGGAGAAGAGGAAUGUCAGAGAUGGAAGUGGAUCCUCUGUGGCACAGUCAUCGCACAUGAAGUCAUCAGCUACAGUUCAGUCAACUGGACCUACGCAGGAGAAGUCGCGCAAACGCGACGAUGCUGGGAGAGAUGCUGAGAACGCGUCAGAUGUGGGGAGCGGAGCGAAGGCUGGUGAGAGUGGCGGUCGAGGCGGUGGCGCCAACGAAGACAACGAAGCCCCAACAUCGCCACGAGUUCGGCAGGAGGCCAAAGAAAACACAUCGCAGCUGCAAUCAAAUGGAAUCAGUUUCGCGUCGCUUACCGCUGGUGAUACUUCGCACAGUGGCCACCUGCUCAUAAAUCCGGACGCUGCUGACGGCAUUGAAAUCGAUUUUUGCGACUUCCCCCUGCCAAAGACUCCCGAGGGCAAAGGGAAGCCUUUUGUGGAUACCACCACGCACAAUGUGGACAAAGUGAAAGACAUGCACUACCACAAUCCGACCAAGACCUCCACAUACCUCUUUGGGGAGACGACCACGCAGCAGAACGAUAUUUUCCUCAAUAGAUCCGGUUGGGUACAGGUGAAGCAUCGCCCGGAGGUGGAUGAGCAGCAAUUUGCUAGAGCUGGAUCUCGCAAGAAUGACAAUCACAGGAAACUCGAGGAACUUAUUGCACGAAAUGAGGCACGAAAGUUACUCCUUCUGCAGAAUAUCCACCACCAUUCCCUGGCUACAGAUACCCUCCAGCCACCACUACGAGAUGACAGACCCAUGUCCCCAACUACGGGAUUUCACAUUAUCUCCCCACCACCAGCCUUCCAGGACACGAGUGCUGCAAAGUCCACAUUCCAACCUGACCCGAAGGAUACGCAGAAGAGGAUGGUUUUCUCCCGUAGCUUCGAAUGCGAUGCAGCAAAACUCAAAGGCGACUACAAGGAUAGCUACUCGAAGAGCUUCGAAUUUGACUACGAACCCCCCAAGAGUAAUCAUUUAUCCGUAAAUCAGAUCCCGCCGAAGAAUCGUGCCAGUGCUUUUGCCUCCCUCACGGGUAUCUCACCCAAUUACCUAACAGGACGCACACAGAGCUUCAAAGUACAACCCGAACCGGCAGUACAGGGCAAAUACCAGAAACCAACGUAUGCCACAAAGACGGGACUACCGCCAAAAAUGGGAACUCAGGCAAUUGGUGGGGAUAAGAAAAAAUCCACGGCUGUGAGUAGUGUUAGAGCCACACGCGGGGGAGGCUCAACCUUUGCCACAAUGCGAGGAUACAGGAGUCUAACCACGCAGUCGUCAAUUAACAAGAGGCUCAAUUCGUACGAUAGUGGCACGAGAUCUGAUUUCUCCAAUGAUGAGGAGGAUAACGAAACACCAACCCUCCCGCAAUAUCAGCAAAACUACGUUGCCCCCUUCGCGACAAAUAUGGUCACAGACUAUCAGGUGGGCGGCAGAAAUAGGAGUCGCUCGGCAUUUCCAGCCCCAACUGGAGGGACAAGGCUGCACAGAUCAAACACCGUGGAGAGUAGAUCAAUGGCCCCAGCUGUAGAUGAGAGGACAGCAAUAAUGAUAAGGACCCCACAGCAAUUGGCCAGGAGCUAUGAGGCAACGUACUUGGCCAAUAGUAUGCGGGCGGCAAAAAACUACGAAGAAGAUGAUGUAUACGUUUCUAGUCGGAGCUCUAGCUCCAGUGUGGAAGAUGUCGGGGCAUCUACGGAUAUCUACCGACGACAACCUAGUCGGCAGAGUACUGAGUCACGAAUUCGACGCUCGAGAUCCCUCCAGCUGUCCCUGCGGUCACCUAGUCGCGUUCCAAUGACCGUAAGGGCGGCAGCUGGUGCGAGAACGGGAAGGAAUAGCAAGUACCCACCACCAACACCCCAUCCCGUAGCUCUGCUCAAUCAGCAAAGCAACAAUGCACCACAGGCACGUUCAAGAGAAAAGGGUGGUCAGCCAAAGCUGAAGCAAGACACCAAUACACGCUCUCUGGACAUGGAUGGAAAAUCCUUUGGGGGGAGUUUUGACUUUGACCCCAAAGUCACAUCCUUCGAUGAGCGUCACUUUAUCAAUUCCAGCAAUGAACGCAUCUUCGCGGAAUCCAAAUUCACGCCACAGCAGCAGCAGCAACAGCCUUCUGGGCAGAAUCAGCGUGGACAGAGUAGUGGCUCCUAUGGGAGUCGCCUGUAUGAGCAUGAGCUCGUAUAUCAACCGUGGAGACGCAAUCGAUCCCCAAUUAUGGAUUAUGGGCCAAAAACCAAAGUUGCACCCAAGAGAGAUUCAUCCCUACCACCAUACCAUUCACAGACACCAUCAACCAAUACUCGCAGUGAGCAGGACUCCAGUGAGAGCUGCACGGGUGGCCAUCAGCAGCAGUCGCGCAAGGUGAAAUGCCCUGGCGACAAAAGCAAUAGCCUCGACGAUGAGCUUUCCAGCAGACGAUCCGAUAUGUAUAGUUCAUGUAUAGAAAGUAGCAAUAGCGGUGCCGGAAUGAAAGUUAAAAAUGAUUUUCAGAAGAAGUCAGACACACCAAAAGAAACACUCAUAAAAAUACCUUGUAGUAGUAAUGUGAAUAGCCAAAUGAUGACAGACAGCAAGUGUAGUAAUGCGAAAAUUGACCCACCAUCAGCCGCCAGAGACAGCACCGCUGAUGAUGACACGGGGGGAGGAGGUGACCUCCAGGACAGCAGUGCCCUGCUGUCGCCAGCACGUGCCAACUAUCGCAGCAAAUCCCUCCCCAAGUCAUUCAUGCGUGGCAGCCACUUGAAGAAAUCAACUGGAAGUCGACCGACAAAAUUGACAAAUCAAAUGAGAGCCGUAUCCAGCCCACUUGUCACAGAGGAGACCUUCACAUUCGUGACUAAUGAAAGCCAAAUACCUGAAAAUGAGACGCUAACUGUCGCCAGUAGCAACGAGUCAGUCCUGCAGAAAUUCAAGAAGAGCAUCACACAAUUUCGUGGGAAGCACAGCCGAAAGCGCAACAAAUGCGGGGAGUGUGAGGCACAACUAUCGAAGGCAAUGAGCAAAAGUGAGGAGAGUCGUUUGAUGACCAAAACGGAUUCUGAACCAGAAAUCUUCAAGGAGAAUCUCUCUCAAUCAUUCCCCGAUAGUUUGACGUCCCUGCAGGAAGAAGAGGAAAAAGCUCCAAUAUACGCCGAAGCUGUGUUUGCCUUCCAAGCAAGUGAUACGCAAGAGUUAGCCCUACGCAAAGGGGAUCUCAUUGAAGUCUUUGUGUACGACGAUUGCCCCUGGUGGUGGGGGCGUCUCAUGAUACCCGACCCUGUGCCCACAAUGGGAUCCCCUGCAACACGAGACGGUUGGUUUCCACGGGACUUUGUCAAAGUUAUCCCUAGUGUGGCUGUACGAAGUAAGAAAGCCGAGAGUCUUGCUGCAAAUCCACCCCAAGAUCCUCUUGGUGAUACUCGUGCACGCAAUGGUGUGACUGGGGAUAAGCCCUCAAUAUCCAGUCAGGAGUAUCAAAUGAAUUUCCGUGAUAAUGCCAUCCGGGAACUCCUUGAUGCUGAAACAGCCUACGUGAACCUUCUUUCAUCCCUCUGCUAUGGAUUUCUGCACAAACUACGACUCCACACCGAAAUAUUUCCUAUGGAAAGUAUCAAUUGUAUCUUUUCGAACAUUGAGGACAUUCUUCACUUUCAAGAGGCAUUCCUCGAUGCACUCAAAGCAGGAAUUUCCAAUCAUUCUAUUGCCAAAGUGUUCUUAAGCCACCAAGCGGCUUUUUCCGUCUACUCCACCUACUGCAACUCCCAUCCGCGUGGCUUUAUGGAAUUGGAGAAAUAUACAGGGAAUAAAGCAGCAUGUGAAAUUCUAGAAAGAUGCAGAAAGUGCGAAAAACUCCCAGAACUUCCACUCACUGCACAUCUCUUGGCGCCAAUUCAGAGAAUUUGUCGGUAUCCACUUCACUUGAGUGAACUUGUAAAGUACUUCCCGUCCAAUCCAAAUUUCCAGCGUGACGUGAAGAAGAAUGAGGACAUGAUGGACUGCAAGGAAUCAUUUGAAUUGGCACUUGGAACGAUGAAAAAGGUGGCAGAAAUGGUCAAUGAAGAAAAACGCAACAGUGAACACAUGUCGCGCAUUCAGACACAAUUUGAUAACUUCACGGGGCCCCCGCUGCACUUCCACAGUACCCGACUCUUCCUGCAAAUUGACGCCAUUCGUCUAUCGCCAAACUUGUGGAAUAACACAUUCACCCUCUUCCUCUUUGAUCGACAAAUAAUCUACUGUCGCAAGGACUUUAUGAAACGCACCCAUUUUAUCUACAAGGGUCGCAUCUUCCUUGACAACUGCAGCAUCCUCAAUCUACCUGAUGGCAAAAUGUUUGGUGUUACACUAAAAAAUGCCCUGAGAAUCUACUGUGAUACCCGCAACAAAUGGCACGAUUUCUGCUUCCGCAGUGCCGCACACAAGAUUCGCUUCCUCAACACCCUUUCCGUUGAGCGUCAGUACUGUGGCACGAGUUUGUUUGUGUCGGAAUUUGCCGGCACAGCGGAUGAUGACAAUAUCACAGAUGAUGAGAAUUUGGGUGUGAAAAAACCACCUGAUGGUGACAUUAAUCGCACAGAGGUUGUCCCCCCUCUAGGUGGGGGAACAACGUCAAAUGGACAAGCAAAAAAACCCAAACCCGACGUAUCGCACUACGAUGUGCCGAAAAAGGUGAUUCCCAUGGAGGAAGGAGGUGCAAAUCGUCGGCACUUGGGUAGCUGGUUCAGGAAGCCAAAGAGCACAAAUAGUACCCCCUUCCAGAGCCCCACGCAUCGUCCACCACCCGUGGAUGGGUUUGGGAUGCAGAGAAAUUCAAUGGACGGGAGGAGUGCACCAAAAAAUACCGAUCCCUCAGCAAAAGCAUCCUGAGGGUGCGAGAGUACACUCCUCUAGAAGAAGACUUUCCUGUUCCAGCAAUAAAAAAAAUCUUCCUUCUCUCUCUUAAACUAUGUUGUUCAUCUUAUGCUCUCUGUUCUAAAGAAAAACCCUUUAAAUUCCGGGUAUGGUGCUGUGGAAUUGCAGGCAUAGUUAAAUUAUCCUGCCCCUAGAAGGCAUCUCACUGUAGGAAUUUGAUUGUCCAAAAGUCAUUUGGAAAUUUUUACUUUUAGGACAAAAUACAUGCACUAGAUGAUUUGAAAGAAUUUCCAGUAUUUUAAGGGACUUUCAUCAGGCCUCUUUUCUCGGGGAAAAAGGGAUACAAAGUGACUUUGGAAUCUCUUAUACCACACCAAAAUCCCCAUAAAAUCAACCUCUUAAAAAUCUUCACAUUUAUAGACAAGAAUAAAUAAUAUUGAAUUAAUGGAAAAAAAAACGUCAAAUAAUUGAAAAUCAUACGAUUGGUGUCAGCUGUGGGAUCGCAGUAAUUAUGUAAUCCGUAAAAAAAAAGUUAUAAUCCUGCAAUUACAGAGCACAGCCCUAAAAAAAAUUGAUAAAUUGCGAUAAUAAAUUAAUAAUGAAAAAUUGGACAAGAAAUCCAGAAAUUGUGUAAGGAAUGAUCCCUUUCGUUGUAGCGUUAAAUUGUUGAUUGAAAUAUUAAUGAAAAAAAAAACAAUUCACAGACUCUUUCAAAAAGGAUGUAUUGUGUAAAAUAAAAACAAUUGAAAAGUAUUGUAAAGAAUUGAGUUGCUGCAGCAACAGAUACUAUUAUUAAAAAAAAUAUUUAAGACAGUGGUAGACAAAA